AAACCAGGAGCAUCUCUGUACUGACAUGGAACUUAAUAAAAGUCCCAACAUUGCUAAUGUUGAACUCCCAUCGUGUCCAGAUAACAGCACAAUCCCCUGUAAAUGGCCCUCUGUAACUUUGGAUCAUUCAGAGACAAUUUUGUCAACUGAUAAUCUAGAUCAGAGUCCAGAGUUUUCUGGAAACUCAGAUACAGCAAACCCCACUACUACUAACCAUGUGGAACAUUCUGUUUUGUAUCCUGGAAAGAGACCCAUUGUUUCUUCUGUUCAGCCUUCACAAAAGCUUGAAAUUGCUGUAGAUACUCAUAUAACCUCUACUUGCAGUCCUGAUCCUUCAAUAUCUUCCCCCAUCACUCUGUGUCCUCCUUUUAAUUGUACUCAAGAUGAAAAGUCUUUGGUGAUCCUCUUACAGGUUCCAGACGUUGUUCCCCUGAGUUUCCAAGGGGAAGUGGGCACAAAUUAUUACUGGGUGAAUUUUGCAAACAGAGACUCUAUUUCCUUCAAUUUCCUCUUGCAGUUUCUUCCCGAAAAUAAAUUAUCUUCUCCAGAAAGUGAAAUUAAUAUAUCACCUAAUAAUGUUGUCAUUAUCCUCACCAAAUCACCUGAAACCACUGGAAUUUGGACAAAGUUCUAUUUUGGUUCAAAUUAUGACAAUUUACAGGAAAGAUGGUUUAUCACCGAAAACAAUGUUGAUACGUUUGUCAGUCACCCAGGGAUGUGCUGCUCUAGUCAAUCGGAGAAGGAACACAAGCUAAUUGAAGUAUUGGAUGUUUCUGAGGGCAAAAGCCAGAUCAGAUAAAGCAGAUAGAGAAUGGUAGCCUAGAACUUGGCAGAAGAGAAAAAAGAGAGAGCAGUGAACAAGAACAAGAACAUGGCAAACUUUUAACAGAUGAAGAAAAUUGCUCUGAACAAACCAAGAGUGUUUCAGGUUCAUCUGUAGCUGUGCAAACAAUGGGGAAGUUGGCAAGGGAUCAAGCUAUUGUAUGGAACUUGACCCUGGUGAUCCUAGUGGGAGGAUUCUGGGGAAGUUGCAGAUAAAUAAUUAUGUGAGUCAGGACUUACUCUUGCAACAAGCAAAAGAGCCACGUCCUCAGUACAAGCUGAGCUUCAGGAGGGAGAGGAAGUGACAAAACUUAAGAAAGC